GCGGCGCUGAGUAUCGUCCCCCUUUUUCCGGGAGGGGGAGUUUGUACCCCCCGCUGCCAAAUGCUGCCAAAAAGGGGCAGCCAGUGGUAAGGAGAGUGAUGCGAAAAUUGUCAAAUAUCGGGCGCAUGACGGCGGUGUGGCGAGCCCGGUGAGCCUUGGCGUUGGUGGUGUGUGUGGCGUACGUAAAGAAAAAAAAAUUUUUUUAAACUAAAAAGCAAAGAAACCAAAACAAACACGUAGCCGCGUUAGCAGCGCCGAGGAGUCACGGCGUGCGGGCGCGAUGUCGAGCACCCUGGAGAAGAAGAUCAUGAACCUGGAGGAGCGGCUGCGAGCGGAGAACGAAUCACGGGACCGAGACAGGCAGAUCGGCGGCGAAAUUGGCGGCCCAGGCAUGGGCUUGCACUCUUCGUCGUCGUCGUCGUCAUCGUCGGCGGCGACAGGCCCCGCGUCCAGUCCUGCGCUCCGCAGACCCAGGCAACUUGGGGAGAUGGGUACCCCAACACGACCCAGAAAACAGCUAGAUCUGCCAGUGUCGCAGAUGACACCACCAAAGAUGCAUGACAGCGAGGUUGAUUUAAAGCUACAGGAAAUUAUGAAGAUGAAUGGCAUCCUAAGUAUCAAUGGCCAAAGGUAUCAGACGGAGAUGAAAGAUCUAGAACAUUUGGGCGAACUUGGUAAUGGCACCUGUGGACACGUUGUCAAAAUGAGGCAUAAACCGAGCGGCGUAGUAAUUGCUGUGAAGCAAAUGCGACGCUCUGGGAAUGCAGAGGAAAACAAAAGGAUAAUCAUGGAUCUCGAUGUCGUGCUUAAAUCACACGACUGUCCAUACAUUGUACAGUGCCUGGGCUGUUUCAUUACUGAAUCCGAUGUUUGGAUUUGCAUGGAACUGAUGGCGACGUGCCUAGACAAACUAUUAAAGCGUAGCAGGCAGGCGAUACCAGAAGAUUUUUUAGGAAAAGUUACAGUAGCAACUGUAAAGGCGUUGUCGUACCUGAAAGAGAAACACGGUGUAAUUCAUAGAGACGUGAAACCUAGUAAUAUAUUACUGGACGAAACGGGAGGAGUAAAACUUUGCGAUUUUGGGAUCUCUGGUAGACUGGUUGACAGUAAAGCGAAGACGAGAAGCGCGGGAUGCGCGGCGUACAUGGCUCCUGAAAGGAUAGAUCCACCAGAUCCUACUAAGCCAGAUUAUGAUAUAAGGGCGGAUGUGUGGAGUUUGGGCAUUACUCUGGUGGAACUAGCUACGGGAGUAUUUCCUUAUCGAGACUGCAAGACUGAUUUUGAGGUACUGAGCAGAGUAGUACAAGAUGAUCCUCCGUCUCUUCCGGUGGAUGCUCCCUUCUCCAAGGAGUUCAGGAGUUUCGUCAGCUGCUGCCUCACAAAGAACUACAAGCAUCGGCCAAAGUAUCACAAGCUCAUGGAACAUGCCUUCAUUCGCAAGUAUGACGUUCUUCAGGACGGCGAGACAAAUUUCGCCCUAACAAACUCCGGCUGUCAAUGGUUCGGCAAAGUCAUGCGGCAGCUAGAACCAAGUUCCAGAUUACCAGGAGGUCAACAGCAGCGAGUUUCGGGCCAUGUGUCCCUGAAGCAGACAGUCCAUCUUCGAGCGCAACCUGAGAUGCCAGCUUUCCUGAGGAGCAACAUCAAUAGCGGUAUCAGAGAGCCGCCGAAUUGCGGAUUUCUACCGUUUCAUCAGCGCUCCAAUAGCGAAAACAACGCAAACUACUUCCCCUACAGUCCAUAUGCUCUUCGUCGAAGGGAAAUCGCUCGACCAUUCUCGCCGCCGAUAUCCAAAGAGGCGGCAGAUCAGUCGGAGCCAAACUUACCGCCGCGAUCUUUCUCACCCUAUCGGCAGUACGAGCAAAGCAUUACCAGGCACGAUUACAACUCCUCGAAUCGCUGCUCGACAUCGAAUGGUCAAGGUAGACAGGAGACGACGAUGAUGUCGACGACGACGACAACGACGACGACAACGGCAAGACCGUUCUCUCCUUACAGAGCUCAGGACGCCAGUUUGGAUAGCAAUGAUCGACCAUAUUCCCCAUAUCGUAGUAGCCGUUACGAGGAACGCAACGGUGGCAAUAAGGCGGACCGAUGGCAAGGAGGCGUCUCGAGGUCACUGAGUCCCUUUGCUAGAGACUAUUCACCCUGGCGGCGAGAAAAUGUUGAUCCGCCCAAUGUUAUUCAACCAUCACCUGCCACAUACGACAACAGCGGUCGUUAUUCACCUUUUCUGCAACAACGACUCGUGCAACCACCGUUACAGCAGCCUGCGGCACUUCAGACCUACCCACAGACGCAAAACAUCUACGGUAGUCCAAUGAUCAGCCGUAAGAGGUUUCCUUCGGAGCCGCCACCGCAGGGAUCCCACGGCUCCACUAGUCCACAAUUGUUGAUCUCCCGUUUCGCGCAUCAGCUGAAACAGGAAUCGCCGCCGUCGUCGCUGGUGAUACCACCACAGCAAAUUGUUGGUUCAAAGGAGUCCGCGAAGAAGCGCUUCGCGUCUUAUGUACGCCUUAGGCUUGGCAGCGAGCGCGCUCCUUCACCGGAACCACCGCCGAGACUGAGUCGUGGCGAGUCUCCGCUUGCUCUUAGGAGGAAUUUAAUAGAACAAGCGUCCCCUUCUUUUCCGCGAAGGUACGUCUCGCCUUCUCCACCACAGCCGCCACCUAGGAGAUUGUCGGAAAGCAAUUCCGUGCCUGGUAGCCCGCAGCACUUGCGAGCUCGCCUGCGCUACACGCCCGAACCUCAGAGGAGACCUCCGCCACCAUAACCCACCGCUACAAUCAUUAAGCCUUAUUAUUAUUCCUUGUUGGUGCCAUAUGCGACUACAGAUACCCGGACAACGAUCACGCGUACCAUGUAGCAGAGAGGUGCAUCGUUAUCCGGCAACAGUUGCGCGCACGGAACGAGUCAUAGAACGUGUAGAUGCAGAUGUACACGACGUAUUCUCUCGAACAUUACAAACGAAAAGAAAAAUAUAAUAGAAGCGCGUUCUUAAUACUCGAACCGUCGCGAAUUCGGAAUACGCGAAGAUUUGUACGGGAACGUCGAUUUAGCGUGCGAAACGACUGAAAUCGCGGGCAAGUAUUUUAUCUUGAUUUGACAUUUUCACGCAUUUGAAUUCGCGGACGUUUCGAACGCGAGAAUUGCCUUAAGAGAUAUGAGGAUUUAUACUAGCUAGUGUGAAUAUUUCAGAUCUCUGAAAAGACUCCCGAGUAUUUCAGAUUUCUGAUUGAAGAAUAUUUUCUGAAUUCCUUAUUGAUGUUAGGAAGGACGUAGGGAAGAGUGAGACGUCUUUUCGAGUUUAGAACGCUUCACACGCUAAAGUCGUUGUAAACGUAAACUUCUGCACGGUCAAGUAGCUUUUAGCUAAAUCGCGCCGACUGCCUCGGUUAGGUUGAUCCUGGCGCGCGAACCAAUAUUUUCUACAAAACAAGAAAAAAAAUAGUGUAAGUCAAUCUUAAAAAAAAAAAUAAGAAAUGAUUAGAUAGUUUCAAUACAAAUUUUCGCCGAACUCUUUUGCCUCGACUGUUUUUCUAAAUGAAAGAAAUCGAUUAAGACUAGGAUUAAUGUUAUAACCGAGAUUGCGAUCGGCGCUUCGAGGCCCGCGUGCACACGUUUUACAUACACGAGGGUGUCGUUCGCAUCACGUGUGAACGGUUCUCGCGACGUUUGCAAUUUGCACGGUUUUUCUUCACCGCCGCGAGAUGCGAAUCGAUCUGCCUUCGUCAAUAAUUCUCUUCUCGACGUGUAUUUAUCGCGAUAGUACGCAACGAGAAAUAUAUACGAUGCUCAACUUUUUAUAUCGUUUGCGUAUUAAAAAAAAAAGUAAGCGACAGAGAAGUGCGGCAUUAAUCGCGUUGCAUCGCGAUGAUUUUUCUAAAUCAGUCUCGACAACAUACACUAUACAUACAUACAUAUAUAUUUAUGUAUGUAUAUAUAUAUAUAUAUGGCAUCGUGCCGCACGUGAAAAAUGCGUAAACCGUUCCUAUCGCUCUUCGUUUACGCUUCUUUCGAAUCUUGAGAAUUUUGUCAAGGGAAGGAGAGAUGGAAUAAGCGCAACGAAACUCGCUCUCUUCUCUCGGACGGCCUUGCGGUACAUCCUCUGCGACUCGAGUUGCAGUCUCACAGUGACUUCUUUUCCACAUUUUACUAUUAAUAUUAAUGAUUAUUAUUAAAGCAACGAGAGCGAGUCGUGAGUUCACAAAUGCGUAAUCCAGUAUCGAUAGUCAAACUGAGAGGGAUAUUAUCAUCCACACUCGACUUUUCUUUGUGACAAGAAAAAAAAGGGGAGGGGGGGAAUAAGAAAAAGCACAAUAAUGUCGCGAUUAGCACGUCUCGUAGAGUCCUCUAUCAUGGAGAACGAAUUGUAUAUUACUCAAUCAGCAGGGCGUGCAAGGACGUCACUUAUAUCGACACACACGCACAUACAUACACAUACACACACAUACACACACACACGUACACACUCGGUUUUAGAAUGUUGUAAUUAUUAUUUUUAAUUAACAUUUAAUCCCUAACUACGUUCAAGUCUACACUCGUAAUCACCCUUUGUCGUUUAUUUGACAAAAGGAUCUGUUGCAAUGUAAAUAAACUUAUAUUUAUACGA